AUGCCCGCAGGUUUCCCCGUGCCGUGCGCGGAGUGCGUCAGCUCGCUGCUGAGGUGCUGCCGCCUCAGCGACGCCGCGCACCAGCAUCAACAUCAACACCGCCACCAGCAUCAGCAUCAGCGUCAGCACCAACAUCAGCAUCAGCAGCAGACGUACACGGUGCACAGCCCGCGCCCCAUACGGCCCUACACCAACAUCCUGCAGCUGUCCGAGGGCCACGGCUCGCCGCCCGCAGUCUCCGGCGCCCUGCACGUGCACGCGGGGGCGGGUGGCGCGGCCGGGGGCGGCAAGCGCAAGCGGUCGUGGUCGCGCGCUGUCUUCUCCAACCUGCAGCGCAAGGGCCUGGAGAAGCGCUUCCAGCUGCAGAAGUACAUCACCAAGCCGGACCGGCGGCAGCUCGCCGCCACGCUCGGCCUCACCGAUGCGCAGGUGAAGGUGUGGUUCCAGAACCGGCGCAUGAAGUGGCGCCACAGCAGGGAGGCGAAGGCGGCGUCCGCGCCGGCGCCCGCCCCCGCCGCCCCCGCCACCGGAGACGCCGCCGUCGACUCCACGCAGCGCGACCCGCCCGACGGCGACGGCGACGCGGCGCUGGUGGACGUGCAGGCCAUCGACAGCGGCUGA